AAAACCAAGGUAGUCCUCGCGAUAUUAGCCGGGUUGUUUUCGUCGUAUGGCGUCUGUCAUAACAGCAAACAGAGCGGGCUCUUAGUUAGAGCUAUCUGGAUUUCAGCAGGCUGUCGUUUCUCUCUCGACUGCAAUGGAGGCACUAGAAACCAUGGACGAAUCGGACAGACCAGAGCAGCAGCCGUUCUUGAUCGGAGUGAGUGGUGGAACCGCCAGCGGAAAGUCGACAGUGUGCGCAAAGAUCAUGGAGCUCCUAGGCCAGAACAAGGUGGAACACCGGCAAAGGAAGGUGGGAAUCAUCAGUCAAGACUGUUUCUAUAAAGUCCUGACCCCGGAGCAAAAGGCAAAAGCACUGAAAGGCCAGUACAACUUUGAUCACCCAGAGGCAUUUGAUAAUGACUUAAUGUUCAACACAUUGAAGGACAUUGUGGAGGGAAGAGCUGUUGAAGUGCCAACAUAUGACUUUGUAACCCACUCCAGAAUGGAGGAAAGAAUUACAUUUUACCCUGCCGAUGUCGUCCUCUUUGAGGGGAUCCUGGUGUUCUACCCACAGAAAGUGCGCGACAUGUUUCACAUGAAGCUUUUUGUGGACACAGAUUCUGAUGUGAGGCUGUCCCGUAGAGUUUUGCGAGACAUGAGCAGAGGAAGAGAUUUGGAGCAGAUUCUCACACAAUAUACGACGUUUGUCAAACCGGCUUUUGAGGAAUUUUGUUUGCCUACUAAGAAGUAUGCUGAUGUCAUCAUUCCUAGGGGAGUGGACAACAUGGUGGCCAUCAACCUGAUUGUGCAGCACAUCCAGGACAUUCUGAACGGCGACAUCUGCAAAUGGCAGCGAGGGUCCAUCAACAGCAACACGCGGGGAUUCAAACGCGGCAUUUCUGAGCAGGUGGAGCUACAGAGCGGAGUCAUAAAUCCUGUGGGGAAGAGAGUCCUGAUGGAGCCCAGCACUCGGCCUCACUGAGGCAGCGUGCAGAUGGAUGAAUGUGUGCAGACUGGGUCAGAUUUUUAAUGAUAACAAGCAUCAAGUGCUAAAAAAAAUUCACUGUAAUUUUAUUGAAAUUGUUGAUAUACAACAGAUAUGCUAUUAGUGUGCUUUCACAUUUUAAAGUCUUCCACCAUACUUUCUUUAGUGUUAUUUGUGUUUAAGAAAGUGAUAAAGAAGUUGUGAGAAGGUUAAGUUUGGGGUGACUUUAAGAAUUGAAUGUUUUAUUCUCUGUGUUGUUGCUUUUAGAGAAUAAUAUAUUGGAGUAAUAUUAAUAAUAAA